CAUCGCCCUCAGCAGAGCAGCGCAUCUGCAUCCAAAACCAAACCCAAACUCGUCUUCUCCACCGGAGCAGAGCAGCGGCGGCGGCAAUGGACGCCCUCCUCGUGGAGAAGGUCCUCCUGGGCCUGUUCGUGGCGGCGGUGCUGGCCCUAGUGGUGGCCAAGCUCACCGGGAAGAGGCUCCGCCUCCCGCCCGGCCCCGCCGGCGCGCCCAUCGUCGGCAACUGGCUCCAGGUCGGCGACGACCUCAACCACCGCAACCUGAUGGCGCUGGCGCGGCGGUUCGGCGACAUCCUCCUCCUCCGCAUGGGCGUCCGCAACCUGGUGGUGGUGUCCAGCCCGGACCUCGCCAAGGAGGUGCUCCACACCCAGGGCGUCGAGUUCGGCUCCCGCACCCGCAACGUGGUGUUCGACAUCUUCACCGGGAAGGGGCAGGACAUGGUGUUCACCGUGUACGGCGACCACUGGCGCAAGAUGCGGCGGAUCAUGACGGUGCCCUUCUUCACCAACAAGGUGGUGGCCCAGAACCGCGCGGGUUGGGAGGAGGAGGCGAGGCUGGUGGUGGAGGACGUCCGCCGCGACCCCGCCGCGGCGACCUCCGGCGUGGUGAUCCGGCGAAGGUUGCAGCUGAUGAUGUACAACGACAUGUUCCGCAUCAUGUUCGACCGCCGUUUCGACAGCGUGGACGACCCGCUCUUCAACAAGCUCAAGGCCUUCAACGCGGAGCGCAGCCGCCUCUCGCAGAGCUUCGAGUACAACUACGGUGACUUCAUCCCCGUCCUCCGCCCCUUCCUCCGCCGCUACCUCGCACGCUGCCACCAGCUCAAGUCCCAGCGCAUGAAGCUCUUCGAGGACCACUUCGUCCAGGAACGCAAGAGAGUGAUGGAACAGACUGGUGAGAUCCGGUGCGCCAUGGACCACAUCCUCGAGGCCGAGAGGAAGGGCGAGAUCAACCACGACAACGUCCUCUACAUCGUCGAGAACAUCAACGUUGCUGCUAUCGAGACGACGCUGUGGUCGAUCGAAUGGGGAAUCGCGGAGCUGGUGAACCACCCGAGCAUCCAGUCGAAGGUGCGGGAGGAGAUGGCGUCGGUGCUGGGCGGCGCGGCGGUGACGGAGCCGGACCUGGAGCGGCUGCCGUACCUGCAGGCGGUGGUGAAGGAGACGCUGCGGUUGCGCAUGGCGAUCCCGCUGCUGGUGCCGCACAUGAACCUCGCCGACGGCAAGCUCGCCGGCUACGACAUCCCCGCCGAGUCCAAGAUCCUGGUGAACGCGUGGUUCCUCGCCAACGACCCCAAGCGGUGGGUGCGCCCCGACGAGUUUAGGCCGGAGAGGUUCCUGGAGGAGGAGAAGGCCGUGGAGGCGCACGGCAACGACUUCCGCUUCGUGCCCUUCGGCGUCGGCCGCCGCAGCUGCCCCGGGAUCAUCCUCGCGCUGCCCAUCAUCGGGAUCACGCUCGGCCGCCUCGUCCAGAGCUUCGACCUGCUGCCGCCGCCCGGGAUGGACAAGGUGGACACCACCGAGAAGCCCGGCCAGUUCAGCAACCAGAUCCUCAAGCACGCCACCGUCGUCUGCAAGCCCAUCGACGCCUAGGUCGAUCGAUCGACCUACUCAAAUCAAUCAUGUGCUGCGUUAUCCUAUUGCACUAAAAAAAGGUUGUAUUUUUGUUUGGGGGGGGGGGGGGGGGGUAGUUAUGUGUGUGUUCUGUGAGGCAGGCACCUGUUGUUGUAGGUUUACUUAACUUUUUUUUUUCUUAUACUUGUUGGUUCAAACUUAAUUAUUGGUAAUCUAUACUGCCCAAACAUUGCAAAUAUAUCAUUUCUGGCUAUUUACACUUCA